GUGUUAGGUUGCGCCGCAGUAAUCCCAUAAUAACAAACGCCGCUUCUGACAGCAAACUAUUGAUAUUGAAGACAGCUAAACGGAGUGAUUUUGUCCGUUUGUUGACUCCCCGAGUCUUUCUUGUGGUCCCUUUGCGAUGGUUAAUCGUCACAAACGGUAGUCAGUGGCAUCUUUUCCUUGCUUUUGGUCUCCACCCACCCACCAGCAGCUGUCUCAAAAAGGCUCGCCAUGCUGCGAGAGAGCUCCAAGGCGUGGAGCAAUGGCUCCGAGGCCUACAGCAGCGACCCGGAGGAGGAUGAAGAGGAAGAGGAGGACAUGGUGUUUGGGGACAAUGACCCGGACGGCGUGGCGGACGAGAUGAUGGACCUGAGCGACCUCCCCACGGCGCUCUUUGCAUGUGGCGUCCACGAGGCUGCGUUUGACGAGGAAGUGGACAGGGAGAGAUUCGAGGCGUUGUUUCGAAUCUACGACGACCAGGCCACCUUCCAGAUGUUCAAAAGCUUCCGAAGAGUCAGAAUCAACUUCAACACACCGGAGGCCGCCGCCCGCGCUCGCAUUGAACUCCAUGAGUCUGAGUUUAACGGCAGGAAGCUCAAACUCUACUUUGCCCAGGUCCAGAACGGCACCGAGGACAUCGACAAGUCGUACCUGGCGCCUCCCCAGCCCGUCAAACAGUUUCUGAUCUCGCCGCCCGCCUCGCCGCCCGUGGGCUGGAGUCAGAGUGAGGACGCCACGCCGGUCAUCAACUACGACCUGCUGUGUGCGGUCGCCAAGCUGGGACCCGGCGAGAAGUAUGAGCUCCACGCCGGCACAGAGUCCACUCCCAGCGUGGUGGUCCACGUGUGCGAGAGCGAGACGGAGGACGAGGAGGCGGGGCGGCCGAAGCAGGAAAUCGUGCAGACCAGACGCCCGGACGGUCCCCCGAAGGUCUUCAACUAGAGA